GCAGGAAUUCGCUCUGAGAUCAUAUCUGUGCCACAAGAAAUAAAAGCAUUGCAGCUGUGGAAUGAGAUAGAGGCGCGACAUCCUGGAUUGGCCGAUGUCAGAAAUCAGGUGAUACUUGCUGUCCGUCAGGAAUAUGUCGAACUUGGAGAUCAACUCCUCCAGCUUCAGUCAGGAGAUGAAAUUGCCAUUAUCCCCCCCAUUAGUGGAGGGUAGUGCUCUUGAGCUACGUGGGUGUGUGAGGAAAGAUAUGAAUGAAAUUGAAGAGAAAUCUAAAGAUAUAAUAAAAUUUACUGCUGAGAAACUCUCCAUAGAUGAAGUCUCACAGUUGGUGGUUUCUCCACUCUGUGGUGCAGUAUCCUUGUUUGUAGGGACUACAAGAAAUAACUUUGAAGGGAAAAAAGUCAUUAGCCUGGAAUAUGAAGCGUAUUUACCGAUGGCAGAAAAUGAAAUCAGAAAAAUUUGUAGUGACAUUAGGCAGAAAUGGCCAGUCAGACACAUAGCAGUGUUUCAUAGACUUGGCUUAGUUCCAGUGUCAGAAGCAAGCAUUAUCAUCGCUGUGUCCUCGGCCCAUAGGGCUUCAUCCCUCGAAGCUGUGAGCUAUGCCAUUGAUACUUUAAAAGCCAAGGUGCCCAUAUGGAAAAAGGAAAUGUAUGAAGAAUCAUCAUCAUCUUGGAAAAGAAACAAAGAAUGCUUUUGGACAGUCAAUGAUUAACUCACACAUUUUUUAAGAGAACUACAAUUAAAUUUGGUAUAUUUUAAAGGACAUCAGAUGGUCUUAAAAUUCAAGUUGUCAUCACAGAAAUACAGAGCUAAGAUGUUCCUGAAAGUGAAGUCCCACUUCCAUCUUGUACUUAUUUCACGUCGAGAAAGUUGUCUGGACAAAUUGGUCAUGGUGUGGGAGUGGAAUGAAAUAAAAGCUGUUUUGAGGAAAAACAUUCAGGAUAUGAAUCAAUGUAGGUAGGAAGAGAAAAUAAUCAUGUAAUGUGGUAAUCUCAA